AUGAAGCAUAAAAUUCUCUACCUAGGCGACCCGAUAAAAUACAACCAUGAUGUAUACGCUCGAUUCUCACAAUCCUUCGACGUGAUCCAACCAAGCAACACAGACCGAUCCCGCGACGCAUUCAAACAGGCACUGAAGGACCGACGAUGGGGCGACUUCCACGCCGUGUUUCGUCCGUUCUGGAAUACCGGCGGCGAGAUGGGCGCGUGGGACGCAGAAUUGAUUGAUUUGUUACCUGCCUCCGUGACAAUCAUGGCAUCUGCGGGUGCAGGGUAUGACUGGGUUGAUGUGAAGAGGUUGGCGAAGAGAGGGAUUGUCUACUGCAACGGCGCAGCCGCCUCCUCCGAAUCCGUCGCAGACAUGACCCUGUUCCUGAUCCUGGCGGUAUUCCGAAACCUAGGCUGGUCACACCAGGCGGCGCAUUCGAUGAACCCGCACCGAUUCCUGGACGCACAUACGAACUCGCCAUUGACGGCGCUGAACCCGCGUGGACGAACCCUGGGAAUCGUCGGACUAGGCCAGAUCGGGUACAUGAUCGCGCAGAAGGCCUAUCUCGCCUUCGGGAUGAAGAUCCAGUAUCAUGAUCUCGUGCGCAAGAGUCCCGAGCAGGAGCGGAGCGUCGAUGCGACGUAUUUCGCGCAGCUGGAUGAUCUGCUAGGGAGCUCGGAUUGCGUCGUUGUGGCGACGCCAUUUGCUGGAUCCACGCUGUUGACGCUCGAGCGGUUCAGGAAGUUUAAGCGGGGAUCAAGGUUUAUUAAUAUUGCCCGAGGGUCGUUGGUGGAUGAGGAGGCGUUGUUGACGGUGUUGGACGAGGGGCAUUUGGUCGCUGCUGGGUUAGAUGUGCAUGCCACUGAGCCACAGGUGCAUCCCCGCUUGGCUACCCAUGGUAGGGUGUUUAUGAUGUCGCAUAAUGCCGGAGGUACUGUCGACACCCAUGUUGGGUUUGAGAGACUGGCUAUGGAGAAUAUCGAGGGGUUCUUGCUCCGUGGGAAGGCUUUGACCCCGGUCAAUUUACAUCUGAUGCAACAGGACCCCAAAAGUGUGUUAUAA